GGGAGGGUGGAGAGAUGCGACAGUUUAUCAGUUUACAAAGUUUACUGAGUAGUGUCUGGUAGACUUAGCUAACGGUAGCUGUCGAAUAAGAGUAUCGAUUGUUCAACCGCGGUCAUUUUUUUUAACUUUUUUGUAUACGGCAGAUAGGAUGCUGUCUUACGUUAUUGGUCUCAUUCGUACUGGGCUUGAAGGUAUCUUUGGCCUAAUCAUGAGACUCUUGGGCAUAAAGAGAAGGCCUGCUAUAACACUUGAGGACCCCAACAUCAAGUAUGCUUUGCGGCUGAUAGAUAAAGAGGUUAUUAGUCAUGACACUAGGAAGUUUCGGUUUGCCCUGAAGUCUCCGGAACAUGUUUUGGGGCUUCCUAUUGGUCAGCACAUAUACCUCUCUGCAAAAAUAGAUGGUAGUCUUGUGGUGAGGCCCUAUACUCCUGUAUCCAGCAAUGAUGAUAAGGGGUUUGUGGACCUGGUUGUUAAGAUAUACUACAGAAAUAUUCAUCCAAAAUUCCCUGAAGGUGGCAAAAUGUCUCAGUACUUGGAGAGUCUUCGGAUUGGGGACACAAUAGAUUUCAGAGGGCCAAGUGGACUGCUGGUUUACAAAGGCAAAGGGGUAUUUGAAGUCAGACCAGAUAAGAAGUCAAUCCCAGUUAUUAAGACUGCAAGACAUAUCGGUAUGAUCGCUGGAGGCACAGGUAUUACUCCCAUGCUGCAGAUCAUUCGUGCAAUAAUGAAAGAUCCUAAGGACCAUACCAUUUGUUACUUGUUAUUUGCUAACCAGUCAGAGAAAGAUAUUCUUCUACGCCCAGAACUGGAGGAAAUUCAUGCCAACAACCCAGACCGUUUCAACCUUUGGUUCACCCUUGACAACGUUCCUGAGGGCUGGGAGUACAGCCAAGGUUUCAUCAGUGAGCAAAUGGUGAGAAGCCAUCUUCCUCCCCCUGGUGACGACACGUUCAUCCUCAUGUGCGGCCCUCCUCCUAUGAUCCAGUUUGCCUGCAACCCCAACCUGGACAAAGUGGGCCAUUCCUCCAGCAGGCGUUUUGCAUUCUAAAGCAGAAGCUAUACUAGUGCUGGGAGCCAUUGGCUUAGGUGCAGCAAAAAUCCAGGUGUGCCUAGCUUUGUGGAACAGUGUUGCCAUUGUUGGUAUGGAAGAAUAUGCAAUCAAGGAUUCUUUUGCCAUGGAGAGAUUAAUGUCGGACAGCAGUGUCAGGUGGGAGAGGGUCCUCUGAUUAUUUAUGCUUACAAAUAUUUGUUUUAGGGUUUGCUUAGAAGGCUUUCUCACAUGCUAAAUCAAAUACAUUUGCAUGGUUGGUCAGGUAAUGCAGGUUACUUUUUUAUGCAAACAACAUUUGGUAUAUGAUUUGAAGAACAUUAGUGAAUCAAUGCAUUGAUGUAUGUAGCAUGUCAUUCAUUUUACAGGUUUCUUGAUUCUAAUAAUAGUUUUUUACAGGCAUUUAAUACGACACCCACUGCGCAAGUUUCUCAGUUUUUUUGUAAAGCCUUAGCACUUUAGUGUAUAAAACAAUUGCAGUAUAUUUGCUUUAAUGCUUCCAAAGUGAAAUUUAAAUAACUUAAAACACAAGGCUGGGCUCACAUUAAAUAAUAUCCAUACGCUCUGUAUACAACACCCAGAAAAUAUCAUGGGUUGUUUGCUUUCAUUGCACUCUAGCAGUGUUUGUCAAGAGAUUUGCUUCUUUAUGCUGAUGUAACCUAGUUUACUCUUUUAAAACUGCCAGAUUAAAAUUGAAUUAUGUAUGUAAAAUAAGCUUUUGCACCUUUUUAAGAUGUCACUUACAAAACAUAUAUUCUGUUGUGUUGAGUAUUGCAAAUAAAUAUAUAUUCAUUGUUGGGGCACUGUA